AUGAAAAGUGAAGAGAACCUGUUGAUUGAUCCACUCUAUCCAAGUUUAGAAGAAUAUAACAAAGAUUUUGAUUAUGAUCUGUUGGGACAGAGUGUAAAGCUAUCUACACGUUUCUUCGCCGAUCCUCGAACUCAUAUUGAAUGGUGGGUUCACGAACAGCACGCUGAAAUUAUAAUAGUGGGCACUGCCCUCAUGCUGGGUCUUCUGAUUCUUUUAUUUAUUAAAUUCUACGUUCUUGGUUGGAUUGCCAAUGCUAUUAGUUCAAUAAAAUACGCCUUUAUUCUGCGCGGUGUUAAAUGGAGAUAUCUAAGAAAGAAGGAAACAAAAUCGGAUGAAUUUGUUGCUAAUGUUUAUCGUAAAAUUGUGGCAAAUCGAAAACUACUUAAAUAUGCUGGUAAAACAAAUCUUCCUGAAUACGAAGGUGGGAGAUUUAAUUGGGAAGCCAUUAGAAAUACUGGUUUUGCCUAUGAUGAACUAGUUAGAAAUGAAGAAUACAUCAGAGAAUGCUGUCAGCUUCAAGGAAAAGUACCCUGUUGCUAUCAAGAUUUGACAAGGAGUGAAAUGAAAGAGUUCUUCCUUGAACAAUGUCUUUGCGAAAAGGUAGAAGAUAAUAAAAAUUAA